AUGGCCGCCACCGCCCCAGAGCCCCCCCGCCCAGCGUCCCCCCCGCUCCUCCCCGUCCCACAGCUCGACCUCCGCUGGGUCCAUGCCGGCGCCCAGCAUCUCGAUCUGCUGCCCACCCCCAUCACCACCACAUCCACCGUCUACAAGGCAUUCUCCCAGCCCGAGUCUCAGCGCAUAGAUGAACAGUGGCACGCGCUACCCUCCGACGAGAGGGACAGUCUCGUCAAAGUCUGGGGUGGCAAAGACGGAGAAGGCGUACCUGCCACUCGCGCGAAAGAGCGCAGUGGCUCGAGUGACAAAGGGAGCAACAAGGCGAAACCGAAGCCAAGUAGUGAAGGCAAUGUCGCGGAACAGACACACCCAGUCGAUGCAAAAGUGCAUAGCGAGAGAAAAGGAGAAGCUCGGUCAGAAACAUCAGAAGUAUCAGAAACAUCAGAUCAGAGCUCCCCCGAGCUCGAGUUGGAAAAGGAGUUUCGACAGCUGAUGGCAGAACCCUCCUGGGACAGCCAAGAUUUGGGAGUCAUCAAAGGGGUACCUGUUAGUCAAGACUCGUUGUUUGAAGUCUCCUUGCGCACUUUAUCGCUUCACCCCGUCUUCUGGGCCCAUACCGGCCCCAGAGUUGCCGUACUGAGAGGAACUUGGUUUUUGACAGAUGAGACUAAACCUUGCUGCUGGGAGCUUGCGGAAGAGCUGGAGAAGGCGUAUCUUGAAAUACAACCUUGGCAGCCGUCCUAUCAACACGAGCUAUCUACGGCCUUAUCGUUAGGCCAAGCUGGAGAAGAAAAGCUGAAAUACUCGCUGCCGCCCAGGUUUGGUCAAGGUUUGGGUGUAAUAUUCGAGAACGAGAACAGAGGUCGACUCAUCACGCAAGUCUCAUCAUCACGGCUUAUGACUGACUCUGCUAAUGAUAUGUAUAGCUCAGGGACUCUGACGUAUAUGGCUCGGGCCCUCUGGGACUCUAUACGCUCAAAAGCCUCGGGAACAUACAUCUACCGAGGGUUUGCGGCAGCCUGCGCUGCUUCAGGCAAAGAGCAUACCGACGUCAACUCCCAAGGCAAGAGUCAGGCUGCAUCUAGAAGAGGAAGCCACAACAGCAAUCGCUCGAGUGUCAACGAAAAGUCACCGUCUACUAGACUCGCUGGCCUGCCCAAGCAAAGACCACAACAGGAUACUGUCGUAGAAGCAGCUAUGAAGGGGAUCACGAAAGAUGCGAAACAGACGCUUGAGGGAGUGAAAAAGGAUCUCAAGGAGGUUCAUAAUCAGAAGAUUGGGGAAAGACCUCCCGGUCUGUCUCCCGACGACAGAAGAGCCCGAGAAGAGGAGAACGCCCCUUUAAUCCAUGAUACAGAAGACUAUUCGCCGUGUACUGACCUGAUCCUAGUCGUCCAUGGUAUCGGACAGCAGUUGGCAGCCCAAUACGAGGCCUAUAACUUUGUGUGCGCAGCGUUGAAGCUGACUGAUCUGCGUAGGAAGCAGAGCUCGAAUCCAGCCUUGGCGUCUAUCAUUCGAGAUCGCCGUUGUCAAGUCUUACCUGUCCAAUGGCGGGCGUCCCUUGACCUCGACGACCAGAAGACAGCAGAAGAUGCAGCUCACGGAAUGGACAACCGAUUCACGAUAGCCGACAUCACCAUUAAUCGAUCGAUUCCGUAUGUGAGAGAGCUCACCAAUGCGGUGCUGCUGGAUAUUCCUCUUUUCAUGUCGCAUCAUCGCCAGAAGAUGAUCGAGGCUGUCUGUACACAAGCGAAUAAGCUGUACCGCCUGUGGAUCGCCCGUAACCCGGGCUUUGAGAAAAAUGGCAGGGUGCAUAUUGUGGGACACUCGCUCGGCUCAGCCUUGGUGGCUCACAUAUUGUCUGACCAACCCACAAAGAUUCCUACCAUAUCUGAUCUUCCCAAGUCUAUCCUUUCGGAGACGAGAGACAGAUUUUUGUUCAAUACCAGCAAUCUCUUCCUUUGCGGGAGUCCCUUGGGUAUCUUCCUGCACCUCGACCAAGCCCAAAUUAUGCCUAGAAAGGGAAGGGAAAGAACAAUGAACUCGCCUCCUGACGAAGCUCUUGAUAGAUCUGGGAAAUUCGGCUGCUUGUCGAUUGAUUCAUUGUACAACAUCUUCUACCACACCGAUCCCAUCGCCUAUCAGCUCAACGCGGCGGUCGAUUCCAAAAUUGCUUCCACGACCUCACCCCUCGCAAUAACUUCGGUCACCUCACCCUUCUAUGCGCCAGUCACAGACAGUAUCAGCUCCAUAUCGCGAUACUUGCCAAGCGCGCUUGGAGGGCGUACGGGCGAUGCAGCAUCAGUCAGGCCAGGUGCUGUUCGUUUGCCCAGCGGGAUCGAGAUGGCCGGUCCUACUGGGGAGGAGCGUCUGGAAGGCAGUCGUGGUGAGAGAAGAUUCUCAGCUUUGAAUCCUCACGGCAAUAUAGACUUUUAUUUGCCAUCAGCAGGCGUGAGCGAGUACCUCGACAUGUUGACGGCGCAUCUAUCUUAUUGGACGGACUCCUCGUUCGCGGCGUUCGUUCUGGCCGAAACCUUUUCGACUAGAUUGGACCUGGUCAGGACUGGUAUGGGACUCGCAGAUCAUCUGUCCAACAGAGAGAGGGAAGCUAGAUGA